AUGAAGGUGUUGAAUUUAAUAAGGGAAUUCGAGUUGCAGAAAAUGAAAGAAUCUGAGACCGUCAAAGAAUACUCAGAUCGGUUGCUUGGCAUUGUUAACAAGGUAAGGUUGCCUGGUACUAAAUUUAAAGAUUCAAGAGUUGUUGAAAAAAUUCUUGUUACGGUGCCUGAAAAAUAUGAAAUAUCCAUAACUACCUUGGAAAACACAAAGGACCUAUCCAAGAUUAUCUUGGCAAAAUUGUUAAAUACAUUGCAAGCACAAGAGCAAAGGAGGCUUAUGAGGCAAGAUGGUAUGGUUGAAGGAGCCUUGACAGCCAACCACAAAACUCAAAGCAAGGGUAAUAAUACAAAGAAAAAUUACCCACCUUCUCAGCAUUGUGGCAAAAAAGGUCAUCCACCAUUCAAAUGUUGGAAGAGGCCGGAUGCAAAGUGCAAAAUCUGCAACCAACUUGGUCAUGAAUUUGUAAUUUGCAAAGGCAAAUCUCAAAAGCAUGAAGCAGAUGCCCAAGUCGCCAAUGAAGAAGAAGAUCACUUGUUUGUGGCAACUCUUCUUUCAACCAAGAAAUCUGAUUUUUGGAUAAUCGAUAAUUGUUGUACAAACCACAUGACAUAUGACAGAAAUCUUUUCAAAGAAUUCACGUUUAUGGGAAAUAAGAAAGUCAGAAUUGGGAAAGGUGAUUAUAUUCUUGCUAAAGGAAAAGGAACUGUUGCAAUUGCAACAAAUUCAGGUACUAAGAAAAUUUUAAAUGUUCUUUAUGUUCCUGAUAUUGAUCAAAUUUUAUUGAGUAUUGGACAACUAAUGAAAAAAGGAUUUAAAGUAUCAUUUGAAGAUAAACAUUGUUUCAUUUAUGAUGUAACUGGACUUGAGAUUUUAAAGGUUAAAAUGAGAGGUAAAAACUUCUCAUUUGAUCCAACAGAAGGCGAAGAAUUGAGCCAAAAGAAUCUACAAAGUACAGAUAAUCCUCCAACUGAGGACAUAUGUGAAAAUGAGGCAAGGAAGAAUUUGUCAAUAUUUCAGAAAAACAAAAUCUGA